AUGAGUUCUAAUCUCUUCAUUAUUCUUCCAGUUUUAUUCGUUAUUGUUGUAUCAGCACAAGAAAGUGAGUUAGAAUAACUAAACUUCUUUUUCAAACUUCUAAACCUCAGAUGACAAAGAGCUAUCGGGAAAACGAGCUCCGUUGGGAACAAUGAGAUGGGGAAAACGAUCGGUCGAUUUGGACGACGACCAAGUUGGUUUCAAUCUUUAUGAACGUGAUGUUCGCUCGCCAUUGGGAACUAUGAGGUUCGGUAAAAGAUCAGGUGAGCCUAGAGUUCAAGUGGGGACCUCUUAAAAAUAUGUUUUUUUGUCUAGAUGGACCACUUGGAACAAUGAGAUUCGGCAAAAGAUCAGGUAACUAGAAAAAUUGAAGUUUUCUUGAUGAAAAAAUUCAACAAAUGAUUUUAGAUGUGCCAUUGGGAACAAUGCGAUUCGGAAAACGAUCAGGUAAAUAGGAUCCUAGGUUUGGUAAGGUUAGACAAUUUUUAUAGACGAGCCAUUUGGAACAAUGAGAUUCGGAAAACGAUCAGGUAAAUUAGUCCGGAAGAAUUCAAAAAAUAAUUUUUGCUAAAUUUCAGACGAACCAUUCGGAACCAUGAGAUUUGGAAAACGUUCAGGUAAGCUAAAUAUUGAUAAGUGACAUUGAUUAUGAGAUUAUUGAAUUUCAGAUGAGCCGUUUGGAACCAUGAGAUUCGGAAAACGAUCAGGUAAAUUUCUAAAACCUAAUUCCUCCUCCUAACUUUAUUUUUUCUAGAUGAACCAUUCGGAACAAUGCGUUUUGGCAAAAGAGAUCCAUUGGGAACAAUGCGAUUCGGAAAGUAA